AUGCAGCUAGAGCUUCAGUUCUCGCAUUCAAAUAUUGGCGCCAUUCCUUACGAUCAACGAGCAAGAAUAGCGAUGGAUUUAGGGCUUCAGAGUGUGAAGCGUGGAACAUCAUACCAUCAUGUACCAGGAUCUCGAAGAAUGUGGACCUCUCAAAUCUCUGUUCACAAUGCCACAGAACAAACCAGUAUUCCUGAUUUACCAUUUCUUCGUAAAGCUAGCUAUUUGUAUAAAAUGUGUCCACUUGUGAAUUUUGAAACGAAAAAAUCGUCAUUCAAGAAGUAUGAAGCAUCGUUAGUGAGCUACUGCCAUUCGAUCACCAAAAAUCAGGCACUUGUUCAUGCCGCAGUCUUUGAUGUCAUUGAAGGGUUGAAUGUCUCUAAUGCUGAUCCGGAAGCUGUGUAUUUUGCCAUUAUUCAGAAAGCAGAAAAUAUAGAAAAGGCGUUGCUUUGUGGAUUAUUGGUUUGUGUGGAGUUACCGCCAGAAAUUGAAGAAAAUUUGCAUGAGAGGUACACGUAUUAUCCACUGAUGGUACUGACAGGCAAUCUGAAAUUACGAAAGAUUGUUCAGAUGUGGUUUCAGAAAGAAUUCCAAGGCAAGUCAUCACCCAUGAUGCUUUCUCCUGUGGAUCUGAGCUGGGUUCUAUCGUUGUGGACUGGAAAGGUCCAAGAAUCCCAUGAAAGUCGUGCAAUAAGUUUGGGAUUCCAAGUCACAGAAGAAGGAAUUAAUCAAAUAGAAAUUGCCAUUAAGUCUAAUGAUCUGAAAAAAUUAUGGGACCUAAUCCACCCUGACCCAAAAGAUGACAUGUUCACCAUCAGUCAGCUGAAUGCAUUCAUGAAGGAAAUUGAAGCAUUUAUUUAUAAUGCAUUUAAGUUAAAACUUGGGAUGCUGAAGCUGUCUAAAAUUAUGACUACCAUUGCCUCUGUGUCUUCUGAUGGAGUAUUUAAGCUGCACUCCCAGGAUUAUAUUAUUGAUGUUCUUCGAUUACUCUGCAGUUUUUCUGCAGAGCAACUUGUUUGUAUGUGGACUUUUCUCCCACAGGCUAACCAAACCCUUCCAGGUGCCGCCUCGACUGUUUAG